CUUUACUCUUCAAUUCCUCAGGGCGGCUGUGAAACAAAACUACUAAAAGAAAGAAAAGGAAUACUUUUGAGCAUAGAUGUCGGCUCAUCUCAGAGAAGGAGAACCUAAUGUUUUACCCGACUUUCUGCAUAUGAAUGACUUAGCGUGCGAAACCACUGGAGGAAAGAUCUUAUUUGCCACAGAUGACUUCUUUGCUCCUGCAGAAAAUCUGUUAAAGAAGCAGAGGCCAGUAUUUCAUGCAGACCUAUUUACUGAGUAUGGGAAGUGGAGGGAUGGAUGGGAAACCAGGAGGAAGCGAAUUCCAGGUCAUGACUGGUGCAUCAUUCAGUUGGGUGUACCAGGUAUUAUUUAUGGGUUUGAGGCAGACACAUCUUACCUGGCUGGGAACUGUGCUCCGUGGAUAUCAAUCCAAGCUGCUUUCUUGAAGCCAGAAGAGGUCCCACUACUGCCACCCAGAGGGAUGAGAAUGGGAACUGCAGCUUCAGAUGAAGAGCUCCAGGCUGUCAAGGAGAUGAAAUCAGAUGAAUGGACCUUCUUGCUUCCUAUGUCAGAGGUAAAAUCAGGAAACCUUGACACUGCCCGCAACUAUUUUUCUGUGACUUCCAAGCAAAGGUGGACUCACUUAAGACUCAACUUACAUCCAGAUGGUGGGAUUGCACGUUUAAAAGUAUAUGGCACGAUGCUGAGAGACUGGUCACUUUCCGGCCAGAAUCACUUGAGUGAUUUGGUGGCAAUGGUGAAUGGAGGUGUCUGCAUUGGGCAUAGUGGUGCACAAUUAGGUCAUCCCCAAAAUGUUUUAGGAAUUGGAAAAGCAAAAUCUAUGAAAGAUGGAUGGGAAACAGGAAGAAAUUUGGAAAGACCACCAGUUUUAAAAGUGGAUGACAAGGGAAUCCUCCUUAUACCAGGAAGUGAAUGGGCAGUCUACCGACUAGGUCACUCUGGAGUAAUAACACACAUUGAAACAGACACCACUCACUUUAAAGGGAACUGUCCGGAUACAUUUAAACUGGAGGCCUGUAUUUUGAACAUUCAAGAAGAAAAAGAAUGCAUAUCCCAAAAAUGGAUGGGGAAACAAGGCCCAAAAUGGAGUAUUUUGCUGCCUUCCACAAAGCUUAAACCCCACAAGAGGCAUUUUUUUAACAGUACUGCCAUACAGACACUGGAUGUGUUUACUCAUGUGAGGCUUACAAUUGCUCCUGAUGGAGGUAUAAGUAGGAUGCGACUGUGGGGUUUUCCAAGAGCUCUGCCAGACACGCACAUGUAACAUCUUCACAGGAAAGGGUUUUCAAAAUUACACUUAAUGUUAAGCUAAACUGAAUAUUUCCAUGUAUUUGUUGUUGUUAGUCGCAAAGUCAUGUCCGACCCAUCGCGACCCCAUGGACAACAUUCCAUGUAUACAUCCACUUAAUUAUACUAUUUUCUACAUCACUGAUUCAAACAUAAUUUUUUACAGAUGUACAAGAAUAGCAUCAUUUCUCUAGUCGAAUGAAUAAAAAUAUAUUUGCUAAUGGCUUAUCUGAUUUAGGAAAUUAUAUUUUUAAGUAAUGAUAAGAGGCAACACAUGCCUCAAACACAUAAAGGAAUGGUUUUUUCCCCCUAAGCAGAUCAUCUGUCAUAAUGCAGUGAUAUAGUUUAAAAUGUUUGUAUUAUUUGUAACAAAGCCUAUGUGAAUUGUUGCAUUAUAUGUGAUAAAAUUUAAAAUGAUAUGAUUUAUAUGGACUUACAACCUGAUUUUAUCAUUUCUACUGGGUUUGAUAGAACUUAUUCUCUGGAAGCAUGCUUUAUAGAUUCCAGAGACAUUAACCUUAUCAAAACUGACAGCAAAAUAUAUUGGUCAUCUGCGUAGUAUUAUACUUCAAUAUAUUUGGAGUUUGUGUAUAGAGAACCAUUUUAUUAUUUUGUUUAGUUUUGAAGCCGUAUCUAUUAUUUUCAAAUUUUUCAUAUA